AUGUGUGAUGAUGAUAGUUUUAACAUUGCGACAGUGCCUCGUCAUGCUAUAUUUGGAACACAGGCUGCUAACGGUGAUGGCGAUGAUGAGAGUACGUUGGGUGACCGAUUUUUUGAUUUGUUGCCUUUGCAAACAAAUUCCAUAGCAAAGGCAGAUUUGGAUCAUUGUAUGUCGUUACGCGAUAGAUAUAAACCUGUACCAUUUAAUAUUCAACAUCAUUUUGAGCAAAUGCCAACAGUUACAACUACAGUUGCAGCGGCAAUAACGGAUACUGCUAAAGUUACAGCAUUAAGUACAACUAACGCAUCAGCAGAAAAUAUUCACGACGAUGUUCCAUUUGAACUUAAUCGUCUUGCAAUGUUUCGUCCACCAUCGCGUACACGUUUAUCGGGGUAUCGGUCGAAUACAAUUGUGCGGGAAGAAAAUACAACACACUUAUCGACAUGCACUGUGGAAUUGAGUUACCAUGAAAAUUUCGACUCAAAUGGUUAUGUGGACAAGGAAACGGCAAACCAUACCUCGAAAAUCCCUUUCAGUGGUUCAAUUCAGCCAACGAAGGCAUUAUGUUGCAGAGUUUCUCGUCCAUCGUUUACGACUCAGGGAGGCCGUGGACACCCUGUUGGAAUGAAACAAAGAACGGAAUCGGUGACAUGUAAACCGACAAUUAAGGUUCGGGCAAUAAGCGCUGAACCUAGGGCACGAAGACCCGCAGUGGGUUCCAUGCGUACGAAUGGUUCAUCGGUAAGAAAAGCAACGGAAACGGUUGUUCGAAUUCAACCAAAUGGGCCUUUACGUGUUCGUUCUUCCAGUACAAGUGCCACUGCAACCAAAAAUAUUGGGGCGAAAACUGAAAAUGCUGUAAUAACAAACGAAAUAACGAUGGCUCAAUCUCAGAAUAGGACCAGUUUAACUACCAGAACAGGAAGAAUGAGUACAGGAAGAAUGGUCUCUAAACCAGAAGCAGCAAGAAAAUCACUAUAUAUGGGACCUGAAACUAGAGCACGAGCAAGAAUGAAGCAAAGCAAUGAAAACUCGGAAGUGAUGAGAAUCAAUUCAGCCGUGAGUACAGGAAAGCAGUCACUGCUCACCAAAUCAGUAUAUUCUCGUCCGUUGUCACAAAUGAAUCAAAAUAUUCGAAGAAAUGCUGUUAAUACUGCAUCAGUAUGUAAGAAUGCUGAAAAUGGUCAUUUAUCACGUUCGCGUACUCGUGUAGCACAUGAACCUAUUCGCGUCCGAAAUACUCAAGGAAGAGUCAAAUGUGGGGAUGGUCUUCCAUCAAUCGAAAGCGAAAGUCGUUUUCGGCAGUCAUUGACUCGACGUCCAAAAGGGGGUGAUUCGUUGGACCGAGAUGUAACAAAAUCGGAAGGUAAAGAAAAUGAUGAAAUUUGGACAGUUAUUACGAAAAAACCAGAGCCUGUACUUCAAUUUGCACCGUGUUUGAGAAGUCGAGUUGCAACAAAAAAAAUGCAGUCUUCGCCAACUACAUCCGCUACUCAUUUCACAAAACCUUCAAAAACAGGGCAGUCGAAACAUGGUGGAAGUAAUGUUCUUCCAGCUCCACGUCGGCGAACUGAAGCAGAAAGGGAAGCAUUUUUCAGACGUUUAAGUACACCAAAGACAGUUGCUACGAUCAAAAAAUGCACCAAAUGA